AUGUCUGCCCAUACCCACCACCACUACCCGCCCAACUCGUCGACACCAACCACCGGCCUGCCCACGCCCGCCGCCUCGCCCCAGGCCGACCUAGUCUGCUCGCCCUCGCCCUCGGCCGCCUCCCUCGCGAGCCACCAGGCCCCGCGCCGCAUGCACAACAUGUCCAUCUCCAGCAUCCUCUCGCCCGAUGACGGCGGGGGGGCCAGCGCCUGCCCCCAGCACCAUCACUACCACCACCACAACUACGCCGUAUCCUCGGCCGCCGGGACCCCGCCCUCAUCUUCGAGCACCUGCUCGCCCGCCAGCCGUGGAAGCGUGGCAGAGGAGCCCGCCACCAGCACCGCUGCCAGCAGCACCUCCUCCUCCAACAACAACAACAACAACACGGCCGCCGUCUUCAGCUGGAACGAAGAUCCCGAAAAGAUUGACGCCAUGCUCCGCACCCUCAAUCCGGACAGCGCCGAGUGGGUCGUCUGGAAGGACUGGGCUGAGUUCCUGGCCGAGGAGAAGGAAGCCCAGGCCAAGGAGAGAGAAGCCGCUGCUGCGGCCGCCGCCGCCGCCGCCGCCGCCCGCAGCACCGGAUAA